AGAGGUCUAUUUUAGAUUUGAAAGUCUCUGGAGAUGGCUCGUGGAAAAAACGUGGAUUCAAAUCGCUGUACGGAGUUGUAACGGUCAUAGGCUACUAUUCGGGCAAAGUCAUCGAUUUAGUUAUCAAAAGUAGCUAUUGCCAUGCAUGCACAUUUUGGAAAAAAAAGGUGAACACUCCAGAAUACGAAGAGUGGUAUAUAAAUCACGAGGAAGAGUGUACAAAAAAUCACGAGGGCUCAGCCGGAAAAAUGGAGGUCGAUGCGAUUACAGAAAUCUUUUUAAGAUCAGAGGAAAAGUACGGCGUUAAAUAUGGUAAUUAUAUUGGAGACGGAGACUCCAAAACUUUCAAGGCCAUUCUAGAUAAGAAUCCUUACGGUGAUGAAUUUCAAGUUGCAAAAAGCGAAUGCAUUGGCCACGUAGAGAAAAGAAUGGGCAUUCGGCUCCGAAAUAUAAAAUAAACACAAGAACUCGGUGGUAAGGGCAAACUAACGGAUGCUUUAAUUAAAAAGCUCACAACGUACUAUGGUCUGGCAAUUAGAAGAAAUGCGAAUAGUAUUGAGGGAAUGAAAAAAAGUAUUAUAGCCACUUAUUACCAUUUGAUCUCUACGGAUGAGAAGCCACAGCACGAAUACUGCCCGCCCGGCGAAGACAGCUGGUGUAAGUGGCAGAAAGAAAAAGCUAUUGAAGCAAAUUUGGAUUCUUUUGAGCACCCUCCUCCACUCGAUCCAACAGUCGCAAAACACAUUCUUCCAAUUUAUGAAGAUUUAUCUAAGGAAGAAUUACUUCAGAGAUGCUUGGGCAGUCAUACGCAGAAUUCAAAUGAAAGUUUCAAUUCUACGAUUUGGCGUUUAGCUCCAAAACAUCUUAAUUCUGGGCUGAAAAUAGUUGAAAUUGCAUCCUACAUCGCUGCUGGAGUCUUCAAUGAAGGAUAUUCUUCCAUUCUACAAAUUAUGAUGGAGUUACAAAUAAUUAUUGGGAGCCAGACCAAGCACUAUGCUGAGAACGUCGACGGGCGCCGGGUAUCUCGACAGGAGCGGCGCAACUCUUUCAACUCUAAAGAAGCUCGAAAGGCCAGAAGAGAGCAGUUAUUGGAGCAGAACGAGUUCUUCGAGGAAGCAGAAGGAUUGUUCUAUGGCGCCGGGAUUGCUGACUAAGAGGAUCAAUAUCACGGACGCCAUUUGUCCAGCAGCUGAGCAACUCGCACGCGUACCUGCCAAAUGGGAUGCU